AUGGCGAAGGAGCUUAAAAUAAUGGUUUAUUUAGGACAACACGCAAAUGUUAUAAAUCUUCUGGGUGCUUGCACCAAAAAUAUAGCCAAACGUGAACUUUUGAGCUAUGGUGUGUUUUAUAGACAAAAAUUAUUUUUGAUUUUAUUAAAGCGUGACCCUAUUAGUCCCUUAGGAUGCAAGCACAUACAUGGAACGUAUUGCUCAUCGCAUAAAAUUACAGGAUCGGGGAAAGUUACAACAAGACACAAGAUCUAUGAAAGUCUAACUACGGCCUUGUCUGACAGCAGUCCAAACGACAAGCACACCAUUCACUAUUCAGAAACUCAGAAGGUCAGCGGCCCAAUUGAAUCCAGUAAUGAUUUCAUGGAUGAAGACUCCAAGCCAGGUUUGCGUUCUUAUUAUGAAGGUGAUUACAUAGAAGGAGAUUUCUUGUUCCUCUGCACCGAGGAUCUUUUGUUAUGGGCUUAUCAGGUGGCAAACGGCAUGAAGUUUUUUUCAGAAAGAAAGGUGCUGCACUGUGACUUGGCUGCAAGAAAUAUACUGUUAGCAGAGAACAACAUCGUCAAGAUCUGCGAUUUCGGUUUAGCCAAGACAUUGUACAAAGACGAAAACUAUAAGAAGCAAUGCGAUGGGAAGUUACCCAUAAGGUGGAUGGCCAUUGAGUCCAUCAGAGACGGAGUCUUUUCCACUAUGUCAGAUGUGUGGUCAUUUGGUGUAGUAUUCUGGGAAUUUUUCUGUCUUGCACAAAUACCUUAUUCAGGUGUAAGGUUUGAGGUGAUGUAUCAGAAAAUAAUUAGAGGAUACAGAAUGUCUCGGUUCACUUAUGCCACCGAUGACACGUAA